AUGGAACUGGAACAUCAGCAUCAACACCAACAGCAUCAUGAUCAGGACGACGUCGACUCAGACUCUUCAAAGAAGGUCCAUCAAUCUGCUGCUACCCCACCACCACCCCCAUCGUCGCCACCAUCGUCACCAUCAUCAUCACCACCAUCGUCUCCACCAUUAUCAACGUCAACCGACCAAUUAAUAAUGAAUCAACCUCGUCACCAACAACAACACCAUCAAGACCAAGAGCAACAAAGCCAGGAUAUUGUCAGUGAAAAAAAAUAUAAUUUGUCGGAUUCCUUUGAAGAUUACUUGAAACAUUUAAGCAGCUUUUUGAGGUUUGACUCACCUGACAAAUGGCUUCCUUCAAUGAGGUCUGCCAACUCGUCAAUUGAAAGUUUAACAAGCUUAUCUGACGGUGAUGAUAAAAAUGAUUUGGAUGAUAACUGUGCUUCUUCUGCUGUUUCACUAGAUAUAAAUUGUGCACAAACAGGUGUUGUUUCCAAAUUAAAAUAUGACAUGGCGGAAUUAGAACAAAAUGUUUUGAACGAAUGUUUGUCAGAUGAUGAUGAUGAGCUUGAUGAUCUUAUGAUUAAAAUGCCAUACCCCAUUCCAUCUCAAAGGUUGCCACUGAUUUUAGAAAAUGACUCUGAUGAUAUUUCUCAAAGUUCUCGUCAUUCUCAAUUUGUGGAGAGUGACAUGGUCCCAAAUGAAAAGCUACAAAAUAUCAACAACUUUGAUGGCGAUUCAACUAGGUGCAAUAAUAAUGAUAACCAUUCCAUUAGUAGUAGAAACAAUCAUUCUAUUAGUAGUAGAAACAAUCGUCGUUUGACAUGUGAAGAAUUUAUUACUCAUCUGCGUUCGGCCAGGGAAUCAUGUUCCAAGUCUCUGCAAAUUAAAACUCAUUUCAACAAAGAUGAAGAUUUGCCAAAUUGUGAGAAUGAAUCUGGUAGUUAUGCAGACAAAAAAUUAACUGCUGAUACAAAAUUAGAAGGUAAUGCUGAAGUGCAAGCUGCUUCGAAAGAUGUCACAGAAGAAAUUGUAGUAGAUGUGAAAGUGGAGAAGAAUAAAAAAAAACGAGUUAAAGUGAUUGAAGAGCUCCUGGCAACUGAAGCAACGUAUUUCAGACAUCUUGAAUUAAUUGUUUCUCUGUUCAUGCAGCCUCUCAUGGACUCACACAUAAUUCCAGAACCAGCAAUAGUUGAGAUAUUUGGGAACAUCCGACUGAUAAUGUCAGUGAACAUGGAGCUGUCGUCGCACAUGAGGUCUGAAAGCAUCGGGCAGGCCUUCCUCCACCUGGCCCCCUUUCUCAAGUUGUAUUCAACGUACGCUCAGAACCAUGAGAGAGCCCUGGCCGUUCUUCUGGAAUGGGAUCAGAAGUCUGCAGAGUUUUCCAAGUUUCGUCGUCAACAGGAGGAGUUAGCGGACAUGAAUGGAUUGAAGUUGAAUGCUCUUCUCAUCACCCCCGUUCAGAGAAUUCCUAGGUGGUACAAACUGCUCCUCGAAGAGUUGCUAUCUUGCACGCCUCUCGACCACGAUGAUUACUGGCCCAUUAAAAAUGCAGUUGUGGAGGUGCAGCACGUGGCAAGUCACAUCAACGAGCACAUCAGACAGCAGGACAACUUCAUGAAGAUGCUCGCCAUACAGAAAUGUUUCAACGCAUCCAAUGCUCCGAGGAUAUUCGUUCCCGGCAGAAUGUUCAUUAAAGAGGGCCCUUUAAGGAAGGUCUCCCAACAUGGCAACAAAUCUCACGAGCGAAUGUUCUUCCUCUUCUCAGACAUGCUAAUGUACGCUAAGCCAACGGCCCUCUCAAACACCACCACCACCAACAACAACACUAACAACAACUGUUAUAACAACAUUAAUAGCAAUAACUACCAUUCACUUGUGUGUUGUUGCAUGCUGCCACUGCAUCAUUGCAAGGUUGAACAAGUGCUCGGUGGUGCAGAUGGACAGGGAUUGUUGUUCACUGUGACUUGCAAAAAGGAACAUCUCCUGUUGUUCUCCGACCAGAAGACUGCCAACAACUGGAUAACUGUCCUCAACAAACAAAUCAGUGAGAUAAGAAGCAGUCGUCAGACACUGAGGAAGAGGAGCAGCGUCCAGCAGCCAAUGCGCAGUGAAGGUUUCAUGAAGUUUCUCAGACGAAGGAACAACCACAACAACGAUGCCGAUCAUGACGACAAUCAGACAUUCAAGAGUACGCCUGAAAAGAUGAAGCAGGCGAAGAAGCACGCGGAGAAGGUGAUCAGGAAGCAGCAGCUGUCGCGUCAGAAGCAGCAGUCCAUCCUCAGCAAGCUGACGCCAUCAACGGCGAACCAUGCUGCUGCUGCUGCUAGGAAGCUCAACUGUGAUUCGAACAGGUGGACGAGCACGUGCACGCAACAGAACCUGCCCAACAAACACUUCUCCUCUGGCCUGGCCUGUCUGAAGAAAAAUAAAAAGAAAAUGUUUCUAGAGGAUCAAGAAGCGGGGAAACCCAAGGUGUUUGCUGACUUGACUAUCGUAGAGGAGCACCAUGGCAUAUUUGCUGGCAACAACAACAUCACGCUGAAUGACACUAUUGAUAUAAUAUCACAACCAAACACGAAUUACAUAAUUAAUAUUAAUAAUAACAUUAGUGAAUUCAAGCGAGAUAUAAAAAGUGAAAAAGACGACAUGAAAAGCCCAGUUCCCAGCAGUGCUACCAUGCAAUCAACUCACUCGACAACUCCAAACAAACACGUUGGCAGGGCAGAUGUUGAAACGUCCCAUAAAAACAUUAAUAAUAAUUGUGUAAUUACGCCAAAAACACCAAAUCAGGUUUCGGCAUCGGCUAACAAAGCUGCUUUUUCUACCAGAACGUUGAAUAAGUUCAUUUCCAAGACAAUAUACAGGAGACAUGAAUGUGGUCGCCCAACGCCGUCGCCAUCCAAGCUAGCAACGCAGACACCAACAGCAUUGGAAUCGACCGCUACUUUUACUAAACAAAUGCCAGCAACAGAAACUAGAGUUUCAGCUAUAAAGAAAUCUUUCAUCCACCAGAGAACAAAAUCAUACAACGACUGCAGCAGCAGCAGUAGUAGUACAAUUCUCUCAAACACUGACCGACCUAAGAAAACUUCCGUUGAAUUGAAUUUGCCGAGUGGUCAACGUGUUGCUACAGCUUGUGAUUAUCGAGACUCAGAUGCUAGUCAUGAACAAAUUGAUCGUGAUCAAUUAAGGUUGAGCUUGAAAAGGAGUCAACCGAAAAAACUUGAUGCCAAAAAUUUUCCAACAACUCCUCGAAGUAACAGUGUUUUUGCAUCAAAAUUGAUUCGAACGCCCUCAAAAUUAUUUUCUUCGCCGGCAGAUUCAAUCUCACCAUCUCCGAUUCUUGCAAGAAGCAGCAGCAAACAAGGGAACAUCGGCGAAUUCAACUGUUACUCACCUCUCACAAAUGUAGAAGCAUCGAGUAACUCUAACAACAUUUAUCAGUGUGAAACCAGAGGAACGGUUGAACCGGGUGAGUUCGACAAUCGCAACAAUAACGAAAACAUCAACCCCAGAGACACCGUAGGAGAAUGUGACAUGGCAAUCAAUCUAUCCCCUUUCCUUCGCAUGGAUUGCAACAUUUCGAGAAACGUUACAAUUAGGAAACGUUCGAAACUACUGCGGUCAUCAACCCUCAUCGUAAGGAAGGAUCUGCCAAGAGUGAGCAAGGAUAGUGGUUGCUGCAGCGAUAUCAUCGGGGCUAAUGAACUCAACCGCUAUCACUCUGCUCCUGGGCAAGAGGAUGGUCAUGCUGAUGUUGAUGGUAAUAAUUAUUAUGAUGGUGACAGUGACGAGGCUGAAGCCUGUGUGCUUAGGAAUUUAUCAUUCAAACUAGCACUAUCAGAAAAUUGAUGUUGCUUCUGUUUCAUUGAUGGCUUAAGUUUUCUGCAAAAUAACUAUUUUAGUUUUUUUUUUUUUCUUUCUGUUUCGAUUUUCUCUCCAUUCCCCUCCCUCUCUCCUCUUUUUCUCUCCCCCCCUCUCUCUCUUUCUCUAUAAAAAUUUAUUUUAAAUUGAUAGGUGAUUGCUUUCAUACCUAACAUAUCAGUUUAUUUUUUUUACCACGUUGCAAUUUUACUGACCAGUCUAAAUUUAUAUACAUUAACAGAGUAGUAGCUACAUAAUAUUUUUUUUUAUUAACAUAUGAUGUCUCGAUUAUUUCGUUGAGAGGAUUGUGAAAUAUUUAAAUGCACUGCUUUUGACUUUUCCAAUUUGAAAUCUUAUUUUUUCUACUUUAGGAUGUUGCAAUCAUGUAUAGGUAAUAUGCUAUAAAUAUAUAUGAAUUUAUUUAUUAUUCUUUUAUUUUAUGUAUGUAUUAAUAUUUAUGUAUAGGACUCAAAUUAGCUUAUUCUAUUAUUUAACAAGAAUCAAUAUGCCCCAUUAAAUAUUUUCAUCAAAUGUUGAAUCAUGUUUGAUAUAUAUUGCGUACUACAUUGAAGAUUUUUUUAAAUUUACAAUGAUUUCUUCAUUUUUUUAGUAAAAGAUUCUUAAAGAAUCGAAUUGAUUUUUUAACACUUAUAAAAAAAGUUCAUUUCUGAGCAA